UGCUGGGAGUGCAAAUGCUCCGGUGCCUGCAGGAUUUCUGGGCACGAUAGCUUGGCCUGUAGCUACAGAUCCAGCUUUCCACCACUUCCUGCUUCUCUUGCCCGAGAUGGCGGAGUACCGCAGCCUGCUGGAGGGGCUGGCCGAGAACAUCACCAACGAAGACCUGGACCAGCUGAAGUCGGCCUGCAAGGAGGACAUCCCCAGCGAGCGGCACGAGGAAAUCGCCACCGGCAAGGACUGGUUCGCCUUUCUGGAGAAGCACAAGAAACUGGACAAAGACAACCUCUCCUACAUCGAGCACAUCUUUGAGAUCUCCCGCCGGCCGGACCUGCUGACCAGAGUGGUGGAGUACCGCACACAAGUGCUGAAGAUCUCGGAGGAGGACGAGGUGGACACCAAACUGACCCGCAUCCCCAGCGCCAAAAAGUACAAAGACAUCAUUCGGCAGCCCUCCGAGGAGGAGAUCAUCAAACUGGCCCCCCCACCCAAAAAGGCCUGAACCCAGCGUGUGCGCGUGAGUGUGUGCGUGGGAGUGUGUGUGUGUGCGUGCGUGUGUAGAGGGGCCCAGCUCCAAGGAUCACUGCCACCGUCCCCUCCACUGCUCCGGCUCAGACACUUUGCGGCUCCCCCUUCGCUCCCCUCUGCUUACGCCCUUCUCUGCCUUGUCCCAGCCGGGUGGAGAAAGGGGGAGCAAUGGAGAAAGGGAGAUGGGGGGGGUCCAUGCCUCCCCCUCCCCAUGUUUCUCACCUUGGUUGCUGGCUGAUACAUGUCUUCAGAGGCUGCUGAGGCCUGUUUGAGGGGGAGGGGUUGGAAGCCCCCCCCCCCACUGCUGCUGCUGCUCCCCCAUCCCAUCCCGCCGGGCAAGAGACGACCCACAGGUGGAUCAGGGGCCAAUUCUGCAAGGAAUGAGGAAGUGGGGGAGAGAGAGAGAGAGAGAAGGAGGGAGGGAGGGAAAGAAGAAGGGAGGGGAGAGUAGGUAGCCUUGGGACCCUGGCAGAGGAAUGCCCCACAACUUGCCACCCUCCCUGGGCAAGCUUCCCCCACAGGGGUCAGGAGAUGGAGCAGGAAGAG